AUGUUAUAUUCAAUACAAUUUAUCGUUAAUUAUCAAUUACAUAUCCUCACAGUUAUUGUUGUAACAUUAGCAUUCGCUAUAUGCUGGUUGCCAAUACAUGUUCUUGAAUUAAUGAAAUGUGGCAAUCCAAAACUUCUUCAUUCUCUUAUUCAAUUAUAUCCAAAAGCUCUUUAUUCAAUACGUGCAUUUACGCAUGCAUUAGCCUAUUUUAAUUCCUGUUUAAAUCCUUAUUUAUAUGCUUUAUUAAAUCGUAAUUUUUGUAUCGAUCUUGCUGAUAUAGUACCAUCAUGGAUGUCAUGUUGCAAGCAAUGUGUUACAGUUGAAAAUGAACAAUUUAGGCAUGGUCAAAAAUUGUCAACAACAAUGUUACCAAAUCAAAAUUUUCUUUUAAAAAAAUAUGAUGAUCAAGAUGAAGAUGAUACAGAUUAUUAUGAACAAAAACAAGGAACAAAUGAUGCUAGUUGUCAAGUUGAAUUACUUCGAAUAAAAGUUAACAAUAUGUAA